AUGACGGUCAAGCAAGAUACAGCCAGUGUCAUCGCCGCUGCAGAGAGUCACAUCUUGUCGUAUUGUGCCGAUUUGACCUCGUCCAAAUUCAACACCUCAACCGAACGUGCGACCAAAAUGGCAACCUAUUACCUUCCAGCAAUCUCUUGUUUUGCAGAUGGAGCCAUCACUCAACUAUGCGACCCGUCGCUUUACGUACUGCUUAUUGCAGGUCCUCUGGACAAGCUGGGGGGUCUUCCUGAAUUACGGGGACACAGAGUGGAGGCUGUUAGCGAGAACAGUGCAAUUAUUUGGCUUUUUUUGGAGGUUGAUGGCAUCGCGAUUUCGAAUGUUUAUUUCUUCAGACAGAUGGAGAACGGAACUCAAGGAUUUGAAGGAGGUAUUUUUGAUGGCGAGAGCUGGUUGUUGAAGCAGCUCCCAAAUCGGUGA